AUGGAGGAUGAGCUUAUGCCACAACCACCACCAGCAAAUAGCCGGCAUAUCCCUUCCAUAGAACAGGAUUACAAUGAACUUCCUGACUUACCUGAUUAUCUAUUGCGAGAGAAUAUGUCUACCCCUAGUUUUUCCCUGUUAAGAUCGGACGUGCCUACUCCUGACUACUGUGAUGGCAAUUUAGCAUCCGAACCUCAUAAUUCACCUAGCUCGUCUUUGCCUCACUCGCCUAUUCGUAAUAUUGCGGAAAACUUACCAUCUCGAAAAGAAUCUUCAGAACGUGGUGAUUUAGUCAGCCCAUCUAUUUUCCGUUCGCCUAUUCCAAAUAAUACAGAAAAUUUACUCUCGAGAGAGGUAGCUGCAGCUAUUCGAAACGAAGAAAAUGUACCCUCUCUAGAUUGCCCUACAGAAACUUGGAGCACUGAUCGAAGCUCAAUGAAGACAAUUUACUUUACUCAGUCACAAGAGCUACUAGUACCGCCUCCAGCGAAUCCUUUUGAAGCAUUGAGACUUUUGAUUAAUGAUAAAUUGAUAGACCUAAUUGUGCAAGAAACUAACGCUCACGCAGUAAGAGUACUAUCUUCACCUGGUGUAACAGAUCAAUCAAGAGACCAAUUUUGGACAUUUUUGGACUGCUCCUGCAUACAGGAACAAUUCGCCUAA